AUGCCUCCUCGAAAGGCCGCUGCUGCUACGGCGACUAAGAAAACAACGAAGACUACCACGGCUACCAAAGCUACCAAAGCGACCACCACGAGCAAAACGACCCAAGCGAAGAAACCCACCAAAUCGGCUGCUGCUCCAAAACCGUACCAAGGGGUAGCAGUCAUGAAGCCCCCACCCCCUUCGAAGAACCCGGUCCGACCACUCAAGCGCAAAGCCGAAGACGAUGUCGAGGACAAACCCAAAGUCAACGGCACUAAAAAGGUCAAGUCUCAGACUGCGGCCACUGCACCAGACCCGCCGAAGCCAAAGGCAGCUGCGGAAAAGACUGCCACUGUCAGGAAGACCAAACCGAAGGCAGAAAUCAAUCAUGCUCCAAGUGAAAAGCUGAACGUCUACGUGUUUGGAGAGGGUUCUUCUGGAGAACUUGGGCUGGGAAGUGCCAAGGGCCAGACUGAAGUGAAAAGACCACGCUACAAUCCCAAUCUCAGCCCGGACACUGUCGGCGUGGUGAGCCUGUCAGUUGGUGGUAUGCAUACAGCUGCUCUGACGCACGGCAACCGGAUCUUGACCUGGGGCGUCAACGAUCAAGGCGCUCUUGGCCGAGACACGACCUGGGAUGGUGGCUUGCGCGAUCUCGAUGACGCUGGCAGUGACAGCGACAGCGACUCUGACAGUGGCUCCGAAACUGCAGUCAACCCCAAGGAAUCGACGCCUGGUGAAGUCGACCUCGCUGGCGUGCCUGAAGGAGCUGUCUUUACUCAACUUGCCUGCACCGACAGCGCCACCUUUGCGUUGACCAGCGAAGGGGAAGUUUAUGGAUGGGGUACCUUCCGGUCGAAUGAGGGCAUCUUUGGUUUCGACCCUUCGACACUGAUUCAACUGCGCCCGAAGCUGAUCAAGGGACUCAGGAACAUCACCAAACUGGCGGCUGGAGCCAACCAUGUUCUUGCGCUCCAAAGUAACGGUAUCGUCUACGGAUGGGGUUCUGGGCAACAGAAUCAACUGGGGCGAAGAAUUCUGGAACGGAGAGCAGCCAACAGUUUGAUCCCGAUGCCUAUUGGUCUACCCAAAAAGAUUGCCCACAUUGGAGCUGGUGCCUACAAUUCGUUCGCGGUUCGUGAGAACGGUGAUGUCUAUUCCUGGGGUCUGAACAACUUUGGUCAAACUGGUAUACCUAAAGAAUUUGAUGAGACCGGAGCCAGCAAGAGUGCCGAUGUCCAUCAUCCUAUUGUCAUUGAGACACUGAAGGGCAAAGGUCAGGUCAUCUGUAUCCAAGGUGGAGCCCAUCAUACUGUCGCCGUGACCGACAAAGGCGAGCUUUUGGUCUGGGGCCGACUUGAUGGCAACCAACUCGGCCUGAAAGUCUCGGAUCUGCCGCCGGACGAUGUCGUACGCGACUCGGCCGGUCAUCCUCGCAUCCUUACGGUGCCGACGCAAAUCCCUGACAUCAAUGCCGUCCAUGCUGCGGCUGGAUCCGACCACUGCAUUGCCAUUGACAAGAAUGGCAAGGCAUAUUCGUGGGGCUUCAGCACCACCUACCAGACUGGUCAAGGGACAGACGAAGAUAUCGAGGUUGCAACCCUUAUUGACAACACGGCGGUCAGAGACAAGAAGCUUGUUUGGGCCGGAGCAGGUGGCCAAUUCAGCGUGAUUGCGGGACUUCCGACCCCGGUGGUCAAUGGUGUCAAUGGACAUGCGUAA